AUGUCUGGUCGAACAUCAGCGCAAAUUCGUGACAUUCAGGCAGAUCAUCGCGUGUUAAGUACCCACGACACCAUUCAGCAACGUCAGGAGCAGAUUGAAGUGAUAGGUGCAGACGAACUGCUUACAGAAGCUGUUGAAGAAGUUAGUGGUUUAGUUGACGACAAACAAUACUCGUACGAAUACGACAGUAUGGUCCACACACAGCAUGAUCAGAAUAUAAUUUUUCAACUUUACCAACCGUUGGAAACGUCCCAUGGCACUUUUGUAUGUCGGAUAUGUCUUGAAUUGGGUGAAACGGUCGAAUUCGAAAAUAAGACAUCCUACACACAUCAUCGAUACAAAGUCCAUGGUUCUUACAACAUCGACCACAAAAUGCCCAUUGAAAUGCACUUUCGAAUGUUCGCUAACGUGGGUGAAUUUGAAGUAGGGAGUCUAAAUACUCUCCCAUCAUUUCGAGCAGUCUACUUUGAUGCAAUAUUUAAGCCAAAUCGACCAGCUGAGAUGGUUUUUCCAGAGCCACCUAAACAUUAUGCUGAUAGGCCGUUGCAAUAUGUUAAGAUGGAUUUGGUUGCAGCCGACAGUUGUGUUUACCUCAGUACAGUAUAUUCGCAUAUCUUGAUAAUCACUGACAUAAAAACCGGCUUCAUAUUUUCAAAACCUAUCCCCGAUACUGGCGCUCAACCAUUGCUCAUACGGAUUGUGACUGAUAUAUUUCUGCAAUUUGGUGUGCCAGAGGGAUAUAGCUGUACCCAUUCGGUGACGCUAAUUCGUGAUGUGAUGAAUGCGAUUAGUGGUGUUUUCUGCGUCACUAUUAAGGAAAUUCUCUUUGAUACUCCAGACUACGGCUCUUUUUUGCGAUCACUAUACGACCAGGCUGCACUAGAACUACAGAGUAAGAACCGAUGGGUAGAAAUGGUGCAGUUUACUACGAUGGUAUUAAAUCAGUCAGGAAGCAGGUCACCAUUCAAGCGUAUGUUCAAUCGCAAGCCGUACAAUCUUUCUGGGCAUAAAGUGCCACCAUGGCUACAGAAUGAAAAUUUUGCUUCUGAUGAUGACGAAGAGAUCGAUGUGUUGCUUGAUCGGCAGGAGGAGCAAGCGCAAUGCGAUGAUUAUUUCCGCAGUAAUUCACCUAGAUAUAUCACCGGUGACAAAGUUUAUUUGAGAAAUUUUGAAAUCACGGCAAGCCGAGGGAAUGCGCUGCCUUAUCUGUAUGGCUCUAUUGGGGAAACUGAUUGGGAGAAUAGCCCACGAUUUCCUUAUCAUGUCUAUUUUUCGAAAAGCAAACACCCUUGGCCAUCUGAAGGCUCAGAAAAUAUUUGGGCUAGCCCAUACGAUGUGUUGCCAACUACACACGAUCUACUUGUUAUUUCGCAAGAAGAAAGAUUGCGAGUGACGUCGAAUUUAUUGUGCUGUUGUGGCGGAGGAGAUUACGGGGUCCCUUGUUCACUUUUCCGAAGUUACCUUUGUGCAAACGGUAUGGCGAAAGCUUGUUGUUUGAGUAGCACAAAACCUUGUGGUUACCAUGAGGAAUGUGGUGAUGGUGACGAUAGUUAUAACCGUAUGGAGGCUCUAGCAAAAGCCUACGUGAAUGCGCAACCAAGAGUGAAGACGUGCAGGUGUAAGAGAAAAAGAGUAGGCGAGGAAGAUGUAUACUCGUUAGUAUCUCCUAUCGUUAGUGGAUGUCAACCAGUGAUUCCAAUGUUGUUGAAGAGCACACGAGCUGGUGCAGAAAUGAAUAAAAAGCAACGUCGCACAGAGGAGAACACGAGCACUGAGGCCAAAUCAAAUGCUUUAUCGUUGUCGUCGCAGGACGGAAAGGUUUUUCCUUCUUCUACAUUGGAAUUAAAUCUUCGUAUUGAUUGGUGGAUUGUGUCCUUAUAUGGAACAAACGCACAUUGCACAAGUUACGAAGAACUACUGCUGAAGCUGUGGCUUGGGUCGGUUGUUGAGAUGGAUGUGGGCUUUGCACGACGUCUUAGUCGCCUGGUCGUCUAUCGCGAACGCUACGAUCAACCACCAGAAAGUGCGUGCACGUUUGUUACGAACUCGUUGAUACUCGAAGGCAAAGUCAACGUCCUUUCCGAAAAGUAUUUCCGUUGCCUGUCGGUUAUCGCGAAUGACCAAUGGUAUGCAGCCCUCUGUAACGUGAAUAUGGUCCUAAUUGAACUAUGGCCUAAGUUGCAUGAGUCCUGUCGAGAGCUUAUGUUACAGUUUUUUCGAGAAGCCGUCAAGCUAAAUGUUCCCAAGAUUGAAAAUGUGAUAAUGAACCUUGUACGAUCGAUCAAUGGAAGUGUCGAGUGGAAUUACAAACUGCGACAUGCCCACGUGAUUGCUUCAAUUCUUAACGAUAAUGAAGCUUGGGUGAUGGGUCUCAAACCUGGUACUUUCAUGCUUCUGAAUGUAUUAACAACGUUCGGACAUUUGAUAAUUGACAUACCACUCGGUGGAGCAUUUGAAGAUGUUCGAAUCGCGAUGAUCCAAAGUUUAGUCUUUAUAGUUCGCAAUCGUUUUACGGAUGCACUUAUGCUUGGUCGCGAACUGCUGUUAAUACUAAUGCGAUUAGCGAAGAUACCUCAAAUCAAUUUGAUUUGGGUUGAUCUCAUCACAAAUCCAACGAAGUUUGGCCUAAAUGAUGGAAUUGAAGAUCUUUUCCGAUCCAAUGCGAAUUUUUAUGGUGUCCGCCUAUCUACAGAAAUGGCGAAAAAGUUAGAAUUCAUCAUAUGCCAAUGCAAACCAAAUACUCAAGACAAGCAUUUUGAGUGGUUUUCAAAUACGUUUUUCCGCGGGCCCGACGGACCCAGUCUUCGUGCUGAGGCCAUACGCUACGUGCUGUAUUUCUUUAAACCAGAUAUGCCAACGCAUGUUUUGGAAGCUCGUGGCCAUUUUCUCUACUAUCUUUUGACAACAAUCCCUCCUAACUCUGAUAUUGAACAACAAUGGUGUAGAAAUGCUGUCUGGUUCGAUUGGCUGACGUAUGAUGUGCAUACGUCUGUACAAUUCAUUGAACCUGUCAUGAGCAUGGUCAGGCAAGCAUUGAUCAAUGCUCCAAUGAAAGCUACCUCAUUGUUGGAAUAUGUCUGUAGGGCUAUUACUCUUAUGUACCCUUCCCGGGCUGAUUUGUUUAAAAAGGCAGCAAAUGAUGCUAUGCAUGCUGUCCACGAGUACUAUAGCGGAGGUUUGUUGGCAAUUUUGGAUAAUCCACGAAUCGAGCGAAGUAUACGUGAUUUGAUACGAGAAACGUUUGCCGAUUACUUUUCUCGUAUCACAAGUUUACCAUCAGCUACACUUCAGCCAGCACCAUUAAUCCCUUCGUCUUCUCCUUCCUCACAGCCACCAACAUCAAGAUCAGUAGCGACAACCGCCUCGAAUUCAAACCAUACAUCGGUAAUCAAAGAGAAAAUACGGCUGAAAGACGGAGAGAAGAACAAAGAAAAUGAUCGGGACGAAAGGGAAAGGAGUAAGCAGAGUAAGACACCGAGCCCACCGAAUGGCACCGUAAUUGCAGAGUUGGAGGAAAUCAAGAAGAAGAAGCGAGAAGAGGAAAUUGACGACUUGGUAGAGCAAUUACGAGACGAUUUCAAAGCCACCAUGAUGUCUUUACGAGAAACUUUCCGUGAGACCGAGGAUGACAGUGAGCGUGGUGAAGCAGUGCAACGAUUAUUGCAAAAGCUCCUUGAAAAUGUUCGUUUACCAAUUGUAUUUUCUCCUAACUAUCUUAAUAAUUGGGAGGACUCCAUUGACGACGAACAAUUAGAGCUGGUAGCUCAUAGUGUUCAGCUUGUGAUGGGCGGCCCAGUUGAUGGUAGUCGCCGAUCGAUUCUUCCUGAUCCAGUAACUGAGGAUGCGUUAGCUGAUUCAUUCUCCCAUCCGUUAUUUAUCAUAUUCCGUAACCUUUGUUAUACUCCUGAUACGGAUGCCACAACGCGGUCACUUAUGGUGAACAUGAUUGCCACGAUGCGUGAUUACGAUAACACAGUCACUUAUCUUAUGCUGUUUUUCAUAAAGCAAUGUGCGGUGGACGAUGAGCGAUUAUUUGCUUUUCUUGUUCCUUAUGUAUUUCAAAAACUGGAUGUUGAAGCCGGUGCAAACUCAUUUGCCCAAAUUGUCUACGCAUCCCUGGACUGGCCUACCACAGCACAAUGGGCUUUUUGGCAUUUAGUACAUGCUGAAGGUAUACCUGGAGAAUGGCUGAUACAACUUCUACCCAAGUUGAAAUCCUCUCAGCACGCAGAAGCUGCUGCCAAUGUUUUGUUGAUGCUGAAAAGAGCAGGUAUUGUCUGUUCAGCAUUUUUUGGAUUUAUGCCCGACUCGAUUGAGUUUACCGUUCAGUUAGUACGGUUGUUACAAACAAUGUUUAGAUCGCGAUCCCAACAUGAAUAUGUUGCGAGCCUUAUUUUCACGGACGCCGUUGUCUGA